AUGUCUCUCGUUUCCGGGCCCGGGCGCGCUGCUGGGAUGGCCAGCCUGCCCAGCGAGAUGCACCUCUUCGUCGACAGGCACGUCGCCUACAUCCAGAGCCUCGACACUCGCAAAGAUGAGCUCGAGUACUGGCUCACCGAACAUCUGCGCCUCAACGGCCUCUACUGGGGACUGACGGCCCUGCAUCUCCUGGGCCGCCCAGACGCCCUUCCACGCGCUCCCAUCCUCGACUUUGUCAUCUCGUGUCUGCAUGAUAAUGGCGGCCUCGGUGCUGCACCGGGCCAUGAUGCCCACAUGCUCUAUACCGUUAGUGGCGUGCAGAUACUCGCGACGCUUGACGCUUUCGGUGAGCUUGAAGAACGCAUCCCCGGCGCCCGCCUGAAAAUCGCAAAAUUCAUCGCCGAUUUGCAAGAUCGCGAGACGGGCACCUUUGCAGGCGAUGAGUGGGGCGAGCAGGAUACCCGCUUUCUCUACGGCGCCCUAAAUGCCCUGUCUCUCAUGGGCCUGCUUGAACUCGUAGAUGUCGACAAGGCCGCUCAAUACGUGAACUCGUGCGCCAACUUUGACGGCGGAUACGGUACCAGCCCCGGUGCCGAGUCGCACUCUGGUCAGGUGUUCACGUGUGUUGGCGCACUGACCAUCGCGGGGAGACUCGACCUUGUCAACCAAGAAAAGUUGGGCGCCUGGCUAAGCGAACGACAGCUCAAGAACGGAGGCCUCAACGGCCGGCCAGAGAAGAAGGAAGACGUCUGCUACAGCUGGUGGGUCAUGAGCAGCAUGGCCAUGCUAGACAAGCUGCACUGGAUAGACGGUCAGAAAUUGACGAGCUUCAUCCUGCAGUGCCAGGACCCAGAUCUGGGUGGUCUCGCAGACCGACCUGGCGACAUGGUCGACGUCUUCCACACCGUCUUUGGAAUCGCUGGUCUCAGUCUGCUGAAGUAUCCCGGUCUGGAAGAGGUAGACCCCGUGUAUUGUGUCGUCUCGCGCCUGUAG